AUGAAGAAAGAAGGAGGAUUUGAAGAGAAGUGGGAGCUGGAUAGAGAUGGGGUAGAGAGGGAUGAUGGUGAAGAGGAUAGAGGGAGAUUUGGAGGGAAUACAGCAGAGUUGUCUUGUGAUGUUAGAGUUGAUGAAGAAGAGAUAGAAUCUAACCUGUUGAAACUGAAGGAUCACAGAGAUGUUGUUGAAGAUUAUGAACAUUUGAUUGAAUUUUAUGAAUCGUCCUCUGAGAACAAUAGUUUUGAAAGUUUGAUUAAAAUUCAAGAAUCCUUGUCAAAUAUUAAAGAGGAAACUCAAUACAGCUCAUCAUUGAGCAAAGACCAAACUUUGCUAAAGAAGACAAAUGAAUUGCACAUUACAAUUUCUUUACUUUUGGAAAAGAUUCAGAAAAUUUUGGAUGUAAAGUCUAAAGAGGCAAAAACUUUUAAAAAAGAAACUAAAUGAGGAAGCAAGCCCAGAAGUGAGCAAGGAAGAGGACUAAGGCAGAGGGAAUUCCAACUGAAAGUGUGGGAACAGGAGACUGAGAUUAGCAAUGGGGUAUAUGUGAAUCAUAUCAGGAAGAAACGCCCAUUUAAUCUGCAGGGUAAAAUGGACAUAUGGUUUGAUAAUAUUCAAGACCUUAACUCUCUCAAGAAAAUAAAGAAAAUCAAGCUUCCAAAGCUUGUAGCUGCUCUAAUUUAUCAUUUUCCAAAGCAGAAAAAGAGUUUGAAGCUUUUUCUUCAGAAUUCUUUCCCAAUGAAUGUCGAUGAAAUACAUUGGGACCCUCAAAAUCUUACUGAUGUUAGUCCUUAUUUGCUUGAAAUUGUAAGGGUCAGCUCCAGAACUUUGAAGACAAUACAGUUUAAUCGCCUAAAGAUGAACGAAGUGCAGACUAAAAAGCUCUUAAGAGCUUGAAAGCACUUAGAGUCCCUAAUAUUUUACCGUACCAGCUUCUCUUUCCCAAAAAUCCCAGACUUCACCAUUGCUCUCGAAAAAACCACCAUAAGAUCUCUUGACCUCAGGUACUGAGAAGGGCCUGACUACAGUAACUGGCUUUCGGCUCCUGAAGAGUUUGACAACUUCAUCAACGGACUCUCCCACUCAGAUUUGUCAAAGUCUCUGGCUAAGAUUUCUUUCGGGGCAAAUUGUCUUCUACCUGGAAGCCUGCUGGCUUACAUAUUUCGGAGUUAUAAAUUUUAUCUGCUCUAA